CCUAACUAAUUCACACCGUACCUCCUCUCAACUGUACUCUCGCACUACGUCUCUCUCAUACUCCUCGGCUCUCGCCGUCGCCUUAUCGCCGCCGCCGCCGCCGCCGCCGCCGUCGUGUCGCAGCUUCUCGUCCUCCUCAGUGUUAAUUAUCCUAAAAAAGGCAUUCCGACGUUAGAAGGAAUUGGACUACUGCCGUAUGUUUUAGAAGGUGUUGAAUUCUGCGUGCAAAUCUACUGUUUAGCUUUCUGUGGCAAACCUCAAGGUGAAAUUCAAGCUACUACAAGAGACAUACGACAAUGUGUUACGUAGAGCCUCUGUAUAGUUCUUUAUUUCAACAUGAAGAGAACCGAUAGAACCAUGAUGUUGGUACCUUCUUACACUGAUGAAGAAAUGGCUGACCAUACUUUAAUUGUAUCUGAUGCUGCACUUAGUCUAGUAGAUCCCACUCUGGUUAUUGGACAAGAAUUUCCCGAUGUUGAAACUUGCCGGAGAAUGAUGAAAGAUAUUGCUAUAGCCAUGCAUUUUGAUAUUCGAAUCGUCAAAUCUGAUCGUAGUCGGUUCAUAGCCAAGUGCUCCAAGGAAGGUUGCCCAUGGCGUGUGCAUAUUGCAAAAUGUCCUGGAGUUCCUACCUUUACAGUUAGAACCCUACAUAGUGAGCAUACUUGUGAAGGUGUUCAUAAUCUUCAUCAUCAGCAAGCCUCCGUGGGAUGGGUUGCCAGAUCAGUGGCAGCACAAGUUAAAGAUAAUCCGCAGUAUAAACCCAAGGAAAUCUUGCGGGAUAUCCGCGAUCAGCAUGGAGUUGCUGUAUCCUACAUGCAAGCUUGGCGUGGGAAAGAACGUAGCAUGGCUGCACUUCACGGAACUUUCGAAGAAGGAUAUCGUCUUCUUCCUGCUUAUUGUGAGCAAAUAAGAAAAACAAACCCUGGAAGCAUUGCAUCUGUUUUUGCAACUGGGCAAGAAAAUUGCUUCCAGCGUUUGUUUAUUUCUUACCGUGCUUCAAUAUAUGGGUUUAUAAAUGCUUGUAGGCCCCUUCUUGAACUUGACAGAGCACACCUUAAAGGAAAAUACUUGGGAGCCUUACUUUGUGCUGCCGUUGUUGAUGCAGACGAUUCAUUGUUUCCAUUGGCCAUUGCAGUUGUUGAUGUGGAGAGCGAUGAAAAUUGGAUGUGGUUCAUGUCAGAACUGCGAAAGCUUCUUGGGGUAAAUACUGAUAGCAUGCCUCAAUUGACAAUACUCUCUGAAAGACAAAAAGGCAUCGUAGAGGCGGUCGAAACUCAUUUUCCGAGUGCAUUCCAUGGAUUUUGUUUGCGUUUUGUAAGCGAAAAUUUUCGGGAUACAUUUAAAAACACGAAGUUGGUCAAUAUCUUUUGGAAUGCUGUUUAUGCUCUCACUGCAACUGAGUUCGACAAUAAAAUUGCUGAGAUGGUAGAGAUCUCACAAGAUGUGGUAAUGUGGUUUCAACACUUCCCUCCUCAAUUGUGGGCUGUAGCAUAUUUUGAAGGUGUGCGAUAUGGCCAUUUUACAUUAGGGGUUACGGAGUUAUUGUAUAAUUGGGCACUUGAGUGUCAUGAGCUUCCGAUCGUGCAAAUGAUGGAACAUAUUCGUAAUGAAAUGGCAUAUUGGUUUAACGAGCGACGUGAAAUGGGAAUGAGAUGGACCUCCAUUCUUGUACCUUCAGCCGAGAAGCGGAUUUCUGAGGCAAUUGCAGAUACUCGUUGCUAUCAAGUACUUCGUGCGAAUGAAGUUGAGUUUGAAAUUGUCUCAACUGAGCGGACGAAUAUUGUGGACAUACAUAGUCGUGUGUGCUCCUGUCGUCGAUGGCAUCUAUACGGUCUGCCUUGUGCUCAUGCUGCAGCUGCUCUAAUGUCUUGUGGGCAAAAUGCUCAUCUAUUUGCCGAGCCUUGUUUCACCGUCGCUAGUUACCGUGAAACCUAUUCUCAAAUGAUAUACCCGAUCCUCGACAAGAGCAUGUGGAAGGAACCGGGCGAGGGGGCCGAGGGUGGAGGAGGUGCAAAGGUUGAUAUUACAAUACGCCCUCCAAAAGUUCGUCGCCCACCUGGAAGGCCGAAAAAAAAAGUUCUCAGAGUUGAAAAUUUAAAACGCCCAAAAAGGAUUGUACAAUGUGGUCGCUGCCAUUUGUUGGGGCACUCUCAAAAGAAAUGCACAAUGCCAAUAUGACAUUUUGGUAGAUUGUUCAAUAUGUUAUCUUCCUUCAUAAUUAGUGUGAAGAAGAUCGGAGAUUAUCUCUUCUGACAUGGCUCCAAGAAGUCGAGACAUAAUCAAGCGAUCUUGCUUUUUCCCGUGGUUAUAUGCACCAUUCAUUAUGGUCUGUACAUUGGACGAGUUUGAACUACUCAAGAAUUGUGGCGGUGCUUCACUUUCUUCACUGAUAUGGCUUCCAAGCCAUUUCCUUCAAGAGCAGCUAGGAUUUGGAAUUUUCCUAGUAGGAAAUUAUCAUCACCCAGUUUGACGGUGGUGAUUUUACUUCCAGGAUUCACAACUUGUGUACUCUGAUUUGCUGUAACUCCAGAGUUUUCUUCCACGGAAUCAUUCAUCUUCUUUUUCUUUUUCAGUUGUUGUUAGAUAGGUCCUCUGAUACCAUCAUAAAAUGUAAACACAAAUCUUGGAGAAUGAAAUGAAUUCUUGAAUUUUAGACUUGAAUUCAUUGAAAUGAAAUGUAUUUACAUAUGGGCUAUUUGUAGAAUAUAAAAGCCCAAUACAAACAGACUCA